UAUUGCUGGGCACAGCUGUUGGUGACUCAGAAAAGUGUUGGCAAAAUUAUUUAUCGCGUUGAUUUGGGAGCAAAACAUUUGAAAUUCUGAUCAAAAUGGCACACAAAAUGAAGGCCAUCAAGUGCCCCACGGACGAGCUGUCGCUGACCAACAAGGCCAUCGUGAAUAUCAACGAUUUCACCGAGGAAGUAAAAUAUGUGGACAUCUCGCCGGGACCCGGACAGCACUACAUUUUUGCGCUGGAGAAGAUUGCGGAGCUGCCGCGUGAUCAUGUGGGCUUCUCGCUGGUGCAGCGCAAGUGGGCGACGCUUUCUAUUAACCAGGAGAUCGAUGUGCGGCCGUACCGCUUCGACGCCAGCUCGGACAUCAUCACCCAAGUCUCCUUUGAGACGGACUUUCUGCAGAAGAAGACCACCACCCAGGAGCCCUACGACUCGGACGAAAUGGCCAAGGAGUUCAUUAUGCAGUUCUCUGGAAUGGCCCUGACUGUGGGUCAGUCACUGGUCUUCCAGUUCAAGGACAAGAAAUUCCUCGGCCUGGCGGUCAAGACGCUGGAAGCGGUGGACCCCCGGACCGUGGGCGACGGCAAGGAGCCCAAGUCGCGCAAUGUCCGUUUCGGCCGCAUCCUGGGCAACACGGUCGUGCAGUUCGAGAAGGCCGAGAACUCGGUGCUGAAUCUGCAGGGCAGGUCCAAGGGCAAGAUUGUGAGGCAGUCGAUCAUCAAUCCGGACUGGGACUUUGGCAAGAUGGGCAUCGGCGGCCUGGACAACGAGUUCAAUGCCAUCUUUCGACGAGCCUUUGCUUCGCGCGUCUUUCCCCCCGAGCUGGUGGAGCAGCUGGGCAUCAAGCACGUAAAGGGCAUCCUCCUCUAUGGACCUCCGGGCACUGGAAAGACGCUGAUGGCCAGACAGAUUGGCACAAUGCUGAAUGCUCGAGAGCCCAAGAUCGUGAACGGGCCGCAGAUCCUGGACAAAUAUGUGGGCGAAUCGGAGGCGAACAUCCGGCGGCUGUUUGCUGAUGCCGAAGAGGAGGAGAAGCGCCUGGGACCGAACAGCGGGCUGCACAUCAUCAUCUUCGACGAGAUCGAUGCCAUCUGCAAGGCGCGUGGCUCUGUGGCGGGCAAUAGCGGUGUCCACGACACCGUGGUCAACCAGCUGCUGGCCAAGAUCGACGGUGUGGAGCAGCUGAACAACAUCCUCGUCAUCGGCAUGACCAAUCGCAGGGAUAUGAUAGAUGAGGCACUGCUCCGUCCCGGCCGCCUGGAGGUCCAAAUGGAAAUCAGUCUGCCCAACGAGCAGGGCCGCGUCCAGAUCCUCGAUAUCCACACGAAAAGGAUGCGUGACUUCAACAAGAUUGCCAGCGAUGUGGACAACAUCGACAUCGCUGCUAGGACAAAGAACUUCAGUGGUGCCGAACUGGAGGGUCUGGUGCGUGCAGCCCAAUCGACGGCUAUGAAUCGCCUCAUCAAAGCGGACUCCAAAGUGCACGUCGAUCCCGAAGCCAUGGAGAAACUGAAGGUUACCCGCUCGGACUUUAUGCACGCCCUGGAAAACGACAUCAAGCCGGCAUUUGGCACCGCCCAGGAGAUGUUGGAGAAUAUGCUGGCUCGCGGCAUUAUAAACUGGGGUUCGCCAGUCUCGGAACUGCUGGAGGACGGCAUGCUCUAUGUGCAGCAGGCCAAGGCCACGGAGAGCUCCGGACUGGUGUCCGUGCUCAUCGAGGGUGCGCCAAACUCUGGCAAAUCGGCGCUGGCCGCCAACCUUGCCAAGAUGAGCGACUUCCCCUUCGUGAAGGUCUGCUCGCCGGAGGACAUGGUCGGCUUCACCGAAUCCGCCAAGUGCCUGCACAUUCGCAAGAUCUUCGACGAUGCCUACCGGUCGACUUUAAGCUGUAUUGUGGUGGACAACGUGGAACGCCUGCUGGACUACGGAUCCAUUGGACCCCGCUACUCAAAUCUCACGCUGCAGGCCCUGCUGGUGCUGCUCAAGAAGCAGCCGCCGAAGGGACGCAAGCUGCUCAUACUGUGCACGUCCAGUCGACGCGAGGUUCUGGAGGAGAUGGAAAUGCUGCCGGCCUUCACAUCUGUCCUGCACGUGUCCAAUCUGUCCAGCCCCGAAGAUGUGCUGGCCGUGCUCGAGGAUUCGGAUCUGUUUAGUCCCGAGGAGCUGCAGAGCAUCACCCGGAAUAUGGCCGGUAAGCGGGUCUGCAUUGGCAUCAAGAAGCUGCUCGCAAUAAUCGACAUGAUCCGUCAGUCGGAGCCCAACUAUCGCGUCGUCAAGUUCCUGUCCAAGUUGGAGGAGCAGGGUGGCUUGAGCAUGGUGGCGCGGCCCCACUAGCUACCGCCCGUUGCGGAACUUCGAUUGUCCGUCGUGGAGCUCAACGAUGCUUUCUAAGCACUCCCAUUCCAUCAGCUCAAAUAUUGUAUGUGCGUGUGUGUGUUGCUUUUGACCCGGAAAUAUGAACGAAACGAAAUCAGGCUAGCAACAAAUGUUGCUUUGAUUCGGUGAACAUUCCAUGGACAGGAUGGUGGACUGGAAGACUUGCCUGUCCCCUCAGUCUUGUAUGUAAUUAUGUAAUUAGUCGUCCCCUAGCUGUAUAUGAUUUAUCCGAUUUAAUUAUCUAUUGUUCAUUAAAGUUGUAGUAGACCAUUUGAUUAAGCGCAAAACAAAACUCAAAUGUAACUGAUGAUUUGAGAUACAAACAUAUAUAUAUCUAUAUAUAAUCCUAGCCUCGAUCACUGUCAUAUUUUGAAACCCAACGAACGAAUCAGAAACAGAACCAUAAAAUACAAAAGACAUUUGUAACGAAGGAUCAAUAUUGAAUUCUAGAAUUUGCCCGUAACUAGUCAACUAGCAUAAAUAGACACUGGAAACUCUUUUAUACAAAACAUUUUGUAUUUUGUACAUUUUAUGAAGCCACAAUUUUGGAAUUUAUCUUUAGAUGAUCUGCCGAAUUGAACACUUAUUGUAUUCAAAUCGAAACAGGGCCAAAUCUCAUUUACAACAAAACUAAUAAUAUAUAUCCGAAUUACUCUUUGAGUAUCGGGGUAAACAAAUUUGGAACUGAAAACCACAGAUCAACGAGUAGAUUUGUAUAACAAUAUAAAACUAUUGAAAAUGUGUCCACUACUAUGUCCAUGUAGAGCUGUAAGCCAGUAAUAACCGAACCCGUCCUCUCUCGGAGCGACAUAUCCCCAGUACUUCCUGCUAAGUCCCGUCGCGGCGGGAAUAUCCAUUCGCGGGGUAGAUAAAUAAUUGUAUUGUUGUAUAACAGUUUGCACAAAUGAUAAGCACAAAGUGUGCUACUACUAGAUCAAUUUAGGUUUCAAAACUAGCUUAAGAAGGUGCGUGCAUUGACUUGAAGUCAGAGGCUCUUCUUCUUCCUUUUUGCGGAAAAUAUUUUUGUCUUCUUCCUAUUUGCGGAAAAUUGAUCUUCUUUUUUGCCUACUUUUGUUUUUAGGGCUGCCAGAUCGGUUCAAAGCGAAUCGGUAAUGAAACGGGUAGAAAAAUAUCAUGGUGGCAGCCCGCAACUACGAAGAAUAAACCGGUAUCGAUGUCUUUUUAAAAUGUUUUUUUAAUAAUGCAAAACACUUUUAUGUAUUCAUUGAAAUAUGAUAAAGCCUCGCGCUUUUUAAUAUAUAUUU